UUGCAAAAAAUAAUAAAGUUAAGAGUGAUAUGACAGCAAAAGAAUUAUCAGGUACCAAUGGUGAAAAUACAGCAGAAAAAUGUUUACAGACUAUGAGGUAAUGAAACUUCAGGUAGGAAGGAAAUAGUAAGUCCAAGGUAAAUAAUUAUAAAUAUGUUUAUGGUAGUUUUCAUCAGGCAGAUGUAAGAUUUGGUGUAUUUAGUGGCACACAAUGUACUGGAAAUUCUUUAGUUGCUGUUUUAUUUUCUUGUAUUAAAUCUGUUCAUAUCUGGAAUACAAAUGACUUGGAUAAGAUUUUAAUAGCUGGUAAUGAAUUGUAUAGUUUUUUGCAAUCUUCUUCAUCAAUGCAUAAUAGGUAUAUUUUGAUAUCUGAAUUGCCUAGAAGUCUUAUUGUGUUUGAAAAACUGUUUAAUAUAGAUAUUCAGCUGGAUUCUGUAGUAGGACUGGUGCGAACUGGAGACAGUACUUUUGAAUAUAAUGAAAUAUCUAUGACAUUGUAUGAAGCUUUGCAGACAUGUCUUUUACAAUAUGAGUCAUGCUUUAUAACUUUUGGUGGUAAUACUUUUGUAAUCAUGAAAAGAAAUGAAAUGUAUUAUAUAGCCAUUCCAUAAAUUCAGUGGGUCUAUUAACUACAGAUGGAACAUCAGUGCUGAUUGAAUAUAAAGGUAUUAUAGAUGUUUAUACACACUGCUGUAAUUUAGCUAAAUCAAUGGAAAUCGGUAUGAAUACACGGUUUGAAGUAACAGGUAUAAAUGUCAUUAAUGAUGCCAUACAUGAACAUGAUGAAUUAUCAAUUAAUGAAAAUAGUAGUGAAAUUUGCAGUGAUAAAGUCUUAAAUGAAAUAGGUGGUGAUGUAUUUUUAUCUCAUGUUGAAACAAGCAAUUUUUUCUUUCAUACAUUGGGUUUAGAUGAGCAAAUCAGAAUAUGUACACAACUUAAUAUUGUAAAUAGACUUGACAGUAAUUAUAGUAAUCGAAAUAGAUGCCCAAUCAAUCAACCAUCACAAAUUAAAAGUAUAACUGGAGAUGGUAAUUGUUAUUUUAGAUCAGUAUCAUAUGCAAUAUCUGGCACAGAAGUGAAUCAUAGAAUUGUCAGGUUAGCUGUUGUUAAUCAUUUAAAAAACAAUGCAGCUAUUUUUACUCCAUAUCUUAGAGCUGGCUUUUUGUCUGUUGAUGACUAUUUAAAAAGAUCCAGAAUGAGAUAUUUAGGGUCAUGGGCUACAGAACUUGAAAUAUAUGUUUGUGCUGAUUUAUUACAAGUAGAUAUAUAUACCUAUAGUAGUAAUAGGUGGCUGAAAUUUUCUAAAUUACAGAUAUUGGAUAAUGGGUCAAAUAGUAUUGAGGGAAUUUAUAUUAACCAUGCCAAUCAGGUUCACUAUGAAGUAGUACUGAAUGUUGCAUCGUCUAAUAGAAGUAAUGAUAAUGAUGUACAGUCGCAAGGUAAAAGUUUUGAUAAAGAUAUUGAUCAUGAUAAUGACAUCCCUAUAAAACCAGAUGAAACAGAAUUAAAAGUCUCUACAAAACAAAAGUGUAGAAAACGUAAGCGAAGGGGAAACAAUUGGAAUUCUAGAAAGAAAUACACAUAUAUGACACAACUUGAUACUGACAAAAUAAUGGACAAACAGAAAUCUGAAUAUGAUAGAUAUUGGACAUUUAUAAGAAAAGAACAUUCUGUCAGAUCAGGUGUAAUGUAUAGAGGGAAUAGAACAAAUAGAAGGCGAUUUAAAUACAAAUAUAAUACAGAUUAUAAAUUUAAGCAAAUUUGUAAGUCAAGAAGGAAUAUGAACUAUAGAUUAAAGAAUGAAUAUGAUAAUAUUUGUGAUAAAUUGAAUCAUAAAUACAAAUUCAGUCAAAUAUUCAAAGAUAAUUUAAUCAAGAAGAACAAAGAAAGGUAUAGGUUAAAUAAUGAUUACAGAGAGAAAUUGAAGAAAUAUGGAAUUAUGAAAUAUAAAUCUAAUAGUAUGUAUCGAGACCACCUUAAAUCUAUUAGUAGUGAGAAAUACAAAACAAAUACAGAAUUUCAGGUACAUGUUAAAGCUCAAAGUAAAUGCAAAUAUGAAACAAAUGAAGAAUUUAAGUCAUAUGUUAAAGAACAAAGUAAAUAUAAAUAUGAAACAAAUGAAGAAUUUAAUACAACCGUAAAAGAACAAAGUAAAUACAAUUAUAAGACAAACAAACAAUUUCAGUCUCAUGUUAACUCCAGAAGUCAAAUUAAGUAUAGAUCUGAUAAAAACCAUAGAGAUGUUAUCAAAAAACAAAACAAAGAAAGGAAAGAAAAAUAG